AGAUAUUACUUUGAUGGACCUUAGAAAAUAACUUUAUGUAAUAAGAUAUAAAACAUUCAAUAGAAAUAUCAUCCUGACUGUGAUGCAAGGGGCAUAGUGUCAUAUAAAUUGCAGCGUGGAGCAGUUCUGUGAUAGCUCUGGGAAGAUGGUCCGCGUGGUGAGCGUGCACCACUUCACCAAGCAGGACGUUGCUGUGCUGGCUGACAGAGGCGACUGUCAUGGCUGCUGUGCGGGCCCUGGGGAGCUGCUGCUGGUGGCGGGAGAGCACAGGGUGAACAUAAGGGACUUGCAGGAGGGAGGCAGGUCUCUGGGGGGGUUCCCUACUGUUGACAUGGUGCAGCAGAUUGUCUACUGUCCGCUCGGAGACUUCGUGGUCACCCUUGAGAACGCGCCUUGUGGACCCGAUGAACCUGCUGUGACGUAUGUCCGUGUGUACGUCAACUGGGGGGGACACGCCCCCCUCCGGCCCUCAGUUACCCUCAUACACGACAUAAUCGAGGGGAAAAUCGGCAAGAAACCCCCUCAUGAUGACCCCAUUGAAAGAGGAACACCCAUAAUUAGAGCACGCAUCGCAGGCCGGGUGACCCCAGCGGGCAGCGCUGCUUCCAAGGAUACCCUCGAAAUGAUAGAAAUUCCCCUCACAAAACCUGCAAGUUUCGUGAAUGUGUGUGAAGUGACGGGCAAUAUCAUUGUUUCUUGUGAUAAAUCAUUAUCUAUAUUCAAGUUUGAGCGCAAAACAUUAGGUAUUUCUCGCGUGGAAUAUAUCGACUUUGAAGAAGUCAUGGAGAUUGAUGUCGGGUCCAGGGUACGAGAAGCCUGCCUUCUGGAAGACUUGGUAGGGUUUGUCUCUGAAAAAGAAGCUCAUGUCUUCCAAAUUGUCACCAACCAAGUCCCAAACGGGAAAAUUAUGUCCCCUGGUCCCAGUUCAGUGACCAACUUCUCGAUUCUUGCUCAAAAAUCACAUUGGGAUGAGAUUGUGAGCAAAGAAUUUAGUGAGCCGCAACGCGGGGUUUACCAGUCCCGGUCCCAGACUCGGUAUCAGUCCCGGUCUCAGAGUCGGUCCCCAUCUGUGCCGAGGUCCCCAAGGAGAUCCCCCAAGAGGUCCCCAACUCCCACUUCCCGUCUCAGGGGCAAGGCUAAGGAAGCAAGUCGUGAGCGCCAGGGGCCAGGCCGGCGUGGGACGCACGCGGUGUACAGAGCCGCUGGUCGCGUCGACCUCAGCAGAGCUGACCUCUCCUCCAUGGUUCCUUAUGGCGCCCCUAGGAUACGAGGUGGACUGUGCCAGUCCCUGGGCGGCAGCAACAGACUCCUGCUGCUGCCCUCAGUCCUGCAGUCCUUCCAGCCCCCUCCUCCCCCAGACCACGUCCCCCCCACCCCAGACCCCAGCGUCGGGGAGUUUCUGGGGCCUUCAGAAAGUAGUCCGGGCUCCCCGGUCCGCAUCCGCGUUGUGAGCAGCUCCGGGCAGCGCCUCAUAGCGGGCCUGUGUUACGCCGUGUCCCUGGUCUACAGGGGGCUACCUGCCCCCCUGGGGGGGAGUAAAUCCCUUCCUCAGCACAUAGGGGGGAGGAAUAGGUCCCCACGGGACCUUCCCCACCACUCCGGGCCUCGGUCCCUGGCCCGCUCUGAUGGUCCCGCUCCUUUCUCGAAUAUUAAGCUGGUCCCGCUACGUCCCGGCAGUGCCGCAGGCGUGAGCUUCAGUCGCGCGUCUCACCCGCUGCUGCCGUCGCCAGGCCACAGCGGCGCCCGUCCUCGGAGCGGGGGGGCUGUUGCUGGGGGGCUGUUCGCAGUGUUUUUCUCCGCCCCCCAGAGGGGGUACCUCUACCACCUCACCCUCACCCCCGACCCCUACGGUUCAGACGUGCGGCGAGGCUGCGUCUUCAGCUACACGUCCCCCGCCUCCGCCGUGGUGCUAGAGCAGUCUUUGCUGCACGCGCUCACGCUGACGGGGCUGGAGACGUACACGCUGCCUCCCCACCCCGGGGUGCUGGGGGAGGUCCUCCCCAGGGGCGUCACCAUCAACGUGCCGGGGGAGUGGAGCGUCAGGGGGGGAACGGGGGAGUCCUGCCCCCUACCAGCCCCCAGUAAUGGGGGUGACGGUCAUGGUGGGGGGCUGGGGGGAUGUUUGGUGGGGCUGCGCCCCUUCCUCAACGUGCACUCUCUCGCCCUCACCCCCUCCUGCCUCGCCCUCAUCGCCUCCCCAGGGGAUGCGCCACGGGGGUGCCGCUCCCUCGGUCCCUCCGAAGACACCCUGUACUCCCUACGCCUCCCCUCCCCCCGCUCCCUCUACCGAGAGAUGGUGAGGGUAGGUCACACUCACUACCUCUCCUCCCCCUCCACCUACCUCCACCUCCUGCUGGAGGGCAUCAUGGUGCUGGUCAUGCACCAGUACAGUGCCACCAUGCAGUGCCACCACACGCCUGAUGGCAGUGAGUCAUCGCGCAGUGAUGGCAGUGCCACGUCCGGCCACAGCAGUGACAGCUCAGGUGCCACCACUGGUCCUGACACCGCGGGUGGAGGUAUAGAGGAAUGCAUGAAGAUCAAAAUGGCUGGCAAGAAACUCGAAGAAAUGGAAAGCGACGUGAAAGUUUUGCACUCUCCUCGAAACUUGACCAAAACCACUCCUAAAAAAACCGAACACUCCACCACUCCUUCCCCCCGUGAACCCCCUGCGUCUGGGUGGGCCCGGUCCCCCCCGCGACGCAAGCCCCGCACCCCCAUCAGGGGGCGGCGCCCCGCCUCCUCUGAUCAAAAGCGCGCUGAAGACGGCGAUGUUGACCCGUGGACUUUACUGAAGGAAGCCAUGCUGCUUCUCGCCGACCACCACGCGGUGCACGGCAAGGAGCAGGAGUGGCUGUGGGCCUGCGUGCAGGUUUACUUGGGCUUCGGUGUGUCCCCCAGCGCCGUCAUAUCCCGCCUUACUGCUAUCAAUGUCGCCAGAACUGGCAAUUCCAGUGCAAAAACUGGCAAUUUCAGUGAAAAAACUGGCGAUUCCAGUGCAAAAACUGGCGAUUCCAGUGGAAAAAAUACUGCUACUUCCAAUAAAAGUGUUACUUCUUCCACUGUAAGUUUGAAUACUUCGUCUGAAAGUACGACUGUUUCCGCAAAAAGUUGCUCUGAGCGAGUCAUCACCACUAGUGCCCCUGCUACACUAGUCUCGAAUACUAGUGUUAAAACCGCUACUAGUUCCAUUAAAGCUAUAUCAGGUGCUACCAGAAGAGGUAGUACGGUUAAUCGCUCCAACCAAUCCAAAAAGCCGCUACCACCCAGCAACCAGGGUAAGGGAUCUACCGGGAAUUCGGUUAGGGGAGCAUUACCUAGUGCUUUGCCCAGUGCCUCAGCAGGUGCCUCAUCUAGUGCCUCACCUAGUGCCACGCGACGGUCUUCCCCUGGCACCAUGAAAACUAGUGCUGGUAGUGACAGUAAACCUUCAACUAGCGUUGCCAGGAACAGUUCACCUUCCGGGAAAUGCACUCCUGGUACUGACAGAGAUACUGUGGCUCUGUCAUCAGUGUCAGAGAACAAUAAAACUGGUGACCCACUUUCAGGGACCAUCACGUUGGUUAAGGACCCACCUACAGAGGCCAUCGCGUUCACAAUAUGCAACAUGUUGACCCACUUUGAUGCUCCAGUCUUGUCUUGCUCCGAAGCGACCUCCGUGCUGGAGUCCAUGGAGCAGCUUGCUCCAGACUGCGUCUCCAGACUCCUCUUGAUAUCUCCAGCAAUUAAGGAAUUUAAAAAAGAUAAAAUAUAUUCUCUUCUCAAGAGGAAACUGGCCAAGUUUUCGCCCCCGCGAGCCACGGAUGUCCUGGCGGUUGCCACAGUCGUCGUCGAGUGCGGGACUCCCGAACAGGUUUCGUCAGUGCUAAGUCUUCUACGGCCGCACGAACUGCUGCAUGUCCUGCAGCAGCAUCCUGCACUGCUGCUGCAGCCUGUUGCUGCUGCAGAGGACGGCGAGAGCCCGCGCUGCAGCUCUGCAGCAGCUGCACGAUAUGCUUCCUCAGCUCCCCCCACCCCCCGGGGGGCGGGUGCCCCCUAUUCCCUCACCCCCCUCGCCUUGGUUCUCCUGGACCACAAGUGGGACGUUUUCUGUGCCCUCUUCAUCGGCCUCAUCGGCGACGGCUGCGACCACAACCUGACACACAAUCCUGACAAAAAGCAGAGCCGUGACCAGCACAAGCACGCCACGUCACGCGUGACGUUGGACGUGUUCGUAACAUGUCUGAUGGAGGCUCGUCCCAUCGUCACGUGCGGCCCAGAGUGUAACGUCAACUCCCUCAGGCUCAGGGACUUUCUCGAGGCCUACUUCAUGGAACACGUCGAUGUCAUCGUCAAGGCUGCAGCACAAGGCCCCCAGGACGACACGCGCCCCUACAGCCGCGCCGUGAGCGUCCUAGUGAGCCUCUACCUCGCCAGCCUCCUGGGCGCCUUCACCCCGCAGAGCCGCGACGCUGCGGUGCGGGAGCAGCAGCGUCAGUGCGUCAAGGAGCUGUACGGGCGCCGCCCUUUGUACCUCAACCUCCUGGACCCACCUGCUGCUGGGGGACAAGGGGCACCCUUCCCCCAUCAGGGGGGAUGUGAGGGUGUGGGGGUGCAGCCCCCAGACGGAGGGAGUGACGACGGGGGGCGGCAGGGGGGCGGUAACCCCCGAACAGACCUCCUCAUCCUGCAGUCACUGCUGUGUUCGCCGUUGCCUUCGUCUUGUGAUCGUCGCCACGUCGCCAAGUUCGUUGCCAGCAACGCUGGUAUUGCUGGCAGCAGCAGCAUCCUGGCAGCAUGUCUGACAGCACCGUGCAGCACGUGCAGCAUCAACGUGCAGCAGCUGCAGCUCCUGCUGGACCAGCAUCCUCAUGCUGUCGUCGUGUAUGCCAAGGAGACGUGCGAGAACGUCGCUCAGUGGACGUCUUUAGUGACGCACGUCGUGCGUCUAGACGCGCAUACGGGGCGCUACGCCCCCCUCCUCCGAGAUAUUCUGACAUGUCUCAGCGAGACGAUGAGCUACCGCGACUUCAUUUCUAUUUUGCCCAUGGAUUUCAUUGACCAAACUUUGAUUCCAAAUUCUACUACAACUUCUACUUCGACUUCUACUACAACUUCUACUGCAACUUCUAAUGCAACUUCUACUGCAACUUCUAAUGCAACUUCUACCGCAACUUCUACUUCGACUUCUACUACAACGUCAUCUACAACUUCAACUACAACUCCAAUUUCAGAUAAAAGUUACGCGUGGAGGCUACAGAACGUGUUUUCCGCCGCCGAUCGAUCGAAAUUGGGGGAAAAUUCAUGUGUCGAGCGCACCCAAUUUGAUGAUAAUAAACACGACGGAUCUAAAUUGGGUGAAAAUACAGAUGUAAUAGGCAGCCAAUUCGACGGUAAAAGUUGUAAUAAAAUAGGAAAUUGUUAUUUUGAUUAUUCGUUGUGCGGCGAUCUGGCAAGAAGAUGCCUGGCUAGAGCCUUCACUGAGCAUGUCAACAGCUCGUUGAUAAUCUAUGCUGCGGCCGUGCUGUCUAAAAUGUAAUUAAACAAUUUAAACUGCUUAAUUAGGCCACAUUCAAUUAUUAAAGUAUUUCUGAUUAUCAUCGUUCCCGUUAAAUUCAGUCAGACUUAAUAAGACGCGUACGUUAAAUAAUAUAUAAUCCUUGACUUUGAUUAUUAUUUUAAAAAACACAAUACGGUGAAGUGGUUAUCGUUUGACCUCAAUAACAUGAUACGAUAAUAUGGUAGCUAUUUGACAAAUACGGUAAUUUGUUCACCAUUUGACCUCGCUUAAAGGUUAUUAUUUCGUUGCCACCUCACGAUUCCUUGUAGAAAAUUUGACUCACUGAUCGGUAUUUUCGUAUGCGAAUUUCAUUUCUACUUCAAUUCAUUUGAAUGUAUAUUUUUCAUCGAUGAUUAUAUAUAUUUAAGUUUUUGAAUUUUGGGGAUUAUUAGCCAGCGAUCUGCCAUUUUAGAAAGACGUUUCUCUCGGCCCUAUUUCAACGAGAGAACAUUAUAGUGUAAUAGAGUUGAACUUAUUCUAUAUUAUAAACUUAAUACCUUCGUUGAUUGUGUUCUUAACUCUAGUCGAUGCUUUAUCAAUAUUGUCAUUAAAAUGUUAUGAGUGCCGUAUAGCUCUUUCUCAAGUUAUUUUUUAAUCUCUCUUUGAUGUAUUCAUCAAUUUAAUAUAAUAUAUCUAAUUUCAUGACACUUGAGAGUCGCCACUUGGCGACUCUACUGCACUUGAGUCGCCGCUCUUAAUAACUGUUUUAAUUGCGCUAAUUGUGCUUAAGUUUAGUCAUUAUAAUAGAUCGUUUCUAUUGAAGGCCGGCGACAUUCGUGCUGUGCUACAUUCUACUUUGUUCUACUGACGUGAGCUUUAUUCGUCACGACUCUCACGUCUUGAAGUUUGCACUUCUCUACAUUUGCCUUCAUGCGCAAAUGUUUAAUAUACUAUAAAUGUUUUCCUAGUUUUGUGAUUUUUUAUGGAAUUUGGUAUGCAAUAAUUGUGUAUUCCAUUAAUUGACUUUCACACUCAAUCUUUACUAAGUCAUUUUAAAUCACGAGAUCAUUUUUCGAUUUUCCGCCUCCUGAGUUUCAUUUGUUUUUGCAAUAAAAUUUUCAUUCAAAACUAACCUUCAAAUGUAAACCUGAAAACUUAUCGUCUCAGUUUCCUGCUGGAAACCAAUAUAAAUUUCACCAUGAUUAUAUCCAGUCAGGGCAGCCAUUUUGUUGAAAAAUUCAAUUUUACUAUUUCAUGACAUAUUGAAAUUUCUAUAUCAUUCUGUGAAUGAGGUGACCAAGAAGAGGUGCGCGUCAUUCUUAA